UAUGUGUGAAGUUAUUUGAGGAUAAAUCAGAGUAGAGACAAGAAGAUCGGUGAUUCUUUCCCGGCCGAUCAUCUUUUUCCGGCAAUAGUAAAUUUUCCUAUUAUUUGAUAAGCAAACAUGAAUGCAUUAGCUGCGACAAACCGAAACUUUAAGUUGGCGGCUCGACUGUUGGGCCUAGACUCCAAGCUCGAAAAGAGUCUGCUUAUUCCAUUCAGAGAAAUCAAGGUUGAAUGUACAAUACCGAAAGACGAUGGUAGUUUAGUAUCUUACGUCGGCUUCAGGAUUCAACAUGACAAUGCCCGUGGACCCAUGAAAGGAGGAAUCAGAUACCAUCCAGAGGUUGAUCCUGAUGAGGUGAAUGCUUUGGCACAACUGAUGACAUGGAAAACAGCUGUGGCAAAUAUACCGUAUGGUGGGGCAAAAGGAGGAAUAGGAUGUAACCCUGGCGACUUAAGCAUAUCUGAACUAGAACGACUUACUCGAGUUUUCACGCAAAAGAUUCACGACCUCAUUGGAAUCCACAUCGAUGUUCCAGCACCUGAUAUGGGAACCAAUCCUCAGACAAUGGCAUGGAUAUUGGACGAAUAUUCCAAAUUUCAUGGACACUCGCCUGCUGUUGUCACUGGAAAACCUAUUGAUCUUGGUGGAUCGCUGGGUCGUGAUGCUGCUACCGGUAGGGGAGUACUCUUUGCAACGGAAGCCCUUCUUAAUGAUCAUGGAAAAAGUAUUGCUGGCCAACGGUUUGUUAUACAGGGAUUCGGGAAUGUUGGUUCGUGGGCUGCUCAACUCAUUCAUGAAGCUGGUGGGAAGAUUGUAGCAGUCAGUGAUAUAAGUGGAGCAAUAAAGAACAGCAAUGGAAUUGACAUUCCCAGCCUGAUUAAACAUGUUAAGGAACACAAAGGAGUGAAAGGCUUUGAUGGUGCAAACUCGAUAGAGUCUAACUCUAUUUUAGUUGAAGAUUGUGACAUCCUCAUCCCUGCUGCCCUUGGGGGUGUAAUUAACAGGGAAAAUGCAAACGAUAUCAAAGCCAAGUUCAUAAUUGAAGCGGCAAACCAUCCUACUGACCCUGAAGCGGAUGAGAUAUUAUCAAAGAAAGGCGUUGUCAUCCUCCCUGACAUAUUUGCAAAUUCUGGAGGGGUAACAGUUAGUUACUUUGAAUGGGUUCAGAACAUUCAAGGGUUUAUGUGGGAUGAAGCAAAAGUUAACGCAGAGCUAAAGAAUUAUAUUAGUAAAGGUUUCAAAGACGUGAAAGAAAUGUGUAAAACUCACAAUUGUGAUUUACGUAUGGGAGCAUUUACAUUGGGAGUCAACCGUGUUGCUAGAGCUACGGUUCUAAGAGGCUGGGAAGCGUAAGAAGCAGAUAUGAGGCUACUCAAAUAAAACAAUUGGAGGCUUUUAUGGACGAUGCCUGUUGUUUAAGUUUUUUUUUUCAUCUUUUCUUAUGUAUUGGAGUUUAACUUUAAUUUCUUCUCUUUUAACUUCUAUCGAACUAAUUUGGGAAAUGUUUUUCUGGGAGCAAGUUAGGAAGUUAUGAAUAUAUAUUUAAAGCUUGCAGGAAUGUGUUAUGGGAAAUGUAUUUUUCCUUGGAAAUUUGAAAGAAGAAUCUUAAGGACAUUUUCUAACUUA